AUGAGCACCUAUACCCAAACACAGCCCCGUCCUCCUCCAGCCGCACUUGGACGCAAAAAUUCGUUUUUCGGCGCCAUCAAGAACAUCGUCACUGCCCCACUCUCAUGGUUUGGUGGCAGCGAGGAAGACUUUGGCGAUGGCGACGCUAGAGGAAAGCGAAGGCGGCUGCCCAUCGCUUCAGAACAAACACGCGAUGACUCUGACUCUGACUCAGAGCAACGGACCAAGAGAAUGAGGAUGGGUAGCCCCAACAGAGAUAAGCAGCCAUACCUUGAUCCCCCCAGAUCAGCCUUCAGACAGCACCAUAAAACAUCUGAAGGUGCACGCAUCCAAAAUCAUCGCCAUGUUUCGCCCUCGCCACGAAAAGCUCUCCGCGUACCCACUGCCACACCCCGUAAUAGGCGCACGAUGUCCCCUUACCCAAGUGGGUCACAGCUCAAGGCACAGCCGUCUGUGCGUACUAUGUCUCUUGAUCCUCCAUCUGGGCUAGGCUAUUCCGGUUCGCCAGCAAGGUUGCAGCCAGUCCCGACUAUGCAAGAUCUCACCGAGGAGAAAGAUGCCAUGUCCAUCAGCAGGGAACCGUCCAUGUCAAACCUUCGCAUGCGUACGUCUAUUACACCCCAGCCCUCGGGUUCCGAUUUUGGCCCUGUCAUUCCCCCUCGCUUGGAGCGCGAUCCAACCGAGCCGCCACCACUUACAACAUUGAUGUCAAACCCCAUGUUUGUCAAAGCCCCGCCUGGCUUGCAGAAGUCUAGCACUGCGGAAAUGACCAGACAAGCCACUCUUGGUUCAUUAUUAGACUCUCAGCGUAAGCAAACCCGUUCACCUGUCCGACGAGGAUCCGUUUUGUUUGGCACUGGAUCCAUGACGGAUAUAUCUGCUCCUCAUCUUUGGCCGAUCAAUCCUGCCGAGAAGGCCCUGCAUGAGCUUGAGGUAUACAAAACUCCCCUCCUUCCCUCGCGUCUCAAGGGUGCACCGAUCCCGGACACUUUUAUAUCCAAGAAGAGUCGCCCUAUCACUCUCAUGCAUGACCGGGACCGAGAGCAUAAGAAGGGGAAAGGCAAGAACAAGAUGAAGGAUCGAGAUGGUGUCAAUGGGACAAAGCCAUACGCGGGUGAGGGUGGCAUGAAGAAGUGGCUCGCAAGGAGGAAGCGAGAAGAGGAGGCGGUGCGAGCGUAUGAGGAGGCUGACCGAGAGAAGGACAAAGAGCGGGCGAUGGAGGAGGACGAGAGUGCUGAAGUUGAGGCUGAAAGGUUAAGCGAACAACAAAAGAAAGCACAGGCGGAAGAGGUGCAACGUAAGAAGCAAAUGGAGGUUGCCGCACUCCCGAAGGCACCUGCAUUCGAACCGAAGCUCAGUACCACAAGGGAGAUGUCGUCUCUCCGCGUUGGACGCUCGCGAAUGCGCAAUCACAUUGAGCGCCCGUCGGCAAAGCGCACAAAUAAGUUCUCUGCGGCGUUUGAAGAUGACGAGGAUGUUAUGGAUGAUGAAAGAGUUGCACUCGAGGAGGCUGCAAAGAAAGUACCCGUAUUCGAAAUCCCUGCUGGAUUCACGUUUGCCAAAGAGACAUCCAUCCCUCACGAUACCACAGGCGCAAAAGAACCUCCCAUCAGUGCGCUUCCAUUUUCAUUGUCUAAACCGAUUGCACCUGCGGCCAAGUCGGUCUCAGCACCCGAGCCCUCUGCAGCCCCCGCUCCAGCAGUCCCUACCAUCUCGUUUGUUCCUCCUACCCCACAGCCGCCCAAAUCAGAGGAACGUACUGAGCCUGCACCCGUUACAUCCACCCUUUCCACGAGUGCUUCUAAUAUGCCCAAUUUCUUUGCUAAUACGGCUGCGUAUACCAAGCCGUUGGUUGUUACUACCCUCUCGGGGUCUUUUGGUGCACUCCCUCCUGUUCUCGCACCCACACCAACACCAGCACAAGUGCCAGAGGCUCCAAAGGACACUGAGACCUCUACUUCCUUGUUCGGUACGCCUGUAACUCUCCAAGUAUCUGGCACACCAUCCGCUGCGCCUGCUGCAAGUUCUAUGUUCGGAGCGGCUCCUGUGUCUGCAAGUACCUCAAUCUUCGGCCCUUCUUCCACUAGCACUGGCACGUCAUUUGGUGUUUUAGCACCACCAAAAGCAGCGCCUGCUGCGAUAGAGAUGACGCCUGUCGCUUCCCCCGUCAUUUCUCCGCUACCGGCACAUGCCUCUACCCCUGCACCGUCCUCUUCGCCAUUCUUGUUUAGUGCAUCAACUACACCUGCUGAAAUUGCCCCUGCAAGUGAAGCUCCGAAGCUAGCGGAGCAAGAAGCGAGCAAACCUUCGUCGCUCUUUGGAGCUACUCCAUCUACCGCCCCAUUCAGCUUUGGCACACCGGCUGUUUCUGCACCUGUAGCCGAGCCAUCCAAGCCCGGAUUCUCUUUCGGAGAACGAGCGCCGACACCUGCGAUGACAGAGCCAUCGAAGAGCUCCCAAACCAUCUUUCGGGAAGCAAGAUAUAACCUCGGCGGCUGGAUUCUCAUUCGGCCCACGCCCAACACUGCGCCCGCAGAGGAGAAACCUGCCUCGGUUCUUCCGCCUUUCUCAUUUGCGUCUGCUUCACCUGCUCCAGCUGAGAAGAAGCCAUUCACCUUUGGCACCUCUUCUCCUGCACCACCUACUGCUACAGCCAAGCCAUUCAGCUUCGGGCAUGCCAACGCGGGCAGCAAUGCCGCUGACACGAGCAAAUCGUUCAAUUUUGGGCAGUCUGCUCCUGCUCCUGCAUCCGCCCGUCCCGCUACGCCACCAAAAGUAGACCAGGAGAUUAGCAUGGACGAGAGCCCGAGUCGCGAUAUGAAUACCAACGGGAAGGCGCCAGAGCGGCUAACACUCGAUUUCUCUUCUUUCCCUGGUGCCAGUAGCACCCCCGCAGGGAGUACCCUCUUCGCGCAGAGCCCUGCUACGGCAACAGGCCCUGGAUUCGGAUUUAGCACGGCUAGUGCCAAUCCAUUCGCGAAGCCAGAGGACAAGGAGAAGCCGGGGAUGGCGUUUGGCUCUGGGAGCUUUGGCCAGCCUUCUGGUUCGGGCUUUGGAUUUGGUCAGGGCGCAACUGAAACACCUGCCCCAGCAUCUGCAGGGCCGUUUUCGUUCUCGCAGGCAGCAUCACCUAAUGUGGCGCAGACUCCAGGGUUUGGAUUCAGUCAGACCGCAAGCAACGCAUUUGGGCAACAGCAAAGCACAUCGUCAGCACCAUCGAGUCCGUUGGCAUUUAAUCGUCCAGGGACAUCGUUCUCUUUUGGCACACCCGCGUCUUCGCAGCCUGCUGCUCCUUCGUUUGCGUUCGGGGGUAGUCAGCCUGCGUCGCCAGCAACCUCCGCCGGCGGGCUUCCACAGCCCUCAGGUGGUGGGUUCGCAUUCGGUCAGUCGGGUGCAGCGCCAGCUGCAACGCCAAAUUCAUUUGCUCCUACUACCGCUUCAUCUGGCGGAGGUGCUCUAUUUACCAUCGGUGCUGCUCCUCAGCCUGAUGGAAGACAAAUCAAGAAGCUUCCUCGUCGUGGAGUUGGGAGACGCUAA